CUUCACUCUGAAGCAUCGCCUUCCUGACUGCUUUGACUGUUCUCGUAGACUGUGGACGUCCUCAUAACCAACCAUGAAGCUGAUCUUGUUGUGUCUGUGUGUGGCCGCUGCCAAUGCCGCCCUUGCUCCAAUUUACAUGUCCCAGCGACGUGGCAUUCCAAACAGCUUCAUCAUCAAAGCUAAGGAUGCAUCCGUAUUGGACCAGAUAGAGACAGAUAUCUUGGCUGAGUUUCAGACCAUGCGAAUGCCGGCCCCAAAGGUGUCCAAGAUCCGUGAUCUGAUUCCCGUUCUGAAUCUACGAAUCCCACCUCAUAUGAUUAAUAUUAUCCGCGCCAUUGAUGGUAUUGAGUUCGUCGAGCAAGAAGCCAUGGCGCAGAUCUUAGGGCAGCAGUACAACCCAACUUGGGGAAUUGACAGGAUCGACUCAAGAGACGGGAUUGAUGGCGUCUACAACUUCAAUGACGGCGUCUUGGGAGAAGGUGGUCACGUCUACAUCGUGGAUACCGGUAUGAGAACAUCUCAUUCAGAGUUUAAUGGUCGCGCCCAGCUCAUUUUCGGUGGGCCAGACGACAACGGUCACGGAACCCAUUGUGGUGGUACUGUCGCUGGAGCUACCUACGGAAUUGCACGCAAAGCGAUGGUUUACAGUGCUAAAGUAUGCACCAACUCUGGUGGUUGCCCUACCUACUUGAUCCUCGACGGGUUGAAUGCAGUUUCGCAGAGACCGAAAGGUGUUGUAUCAAUGUCUCUUGGUGGUGGUGCAAACCAUGCCCUCGAUGCUGGAGUCCAGGCACUGAUCGAUACUGGUUACGUACUUUCCAUCGCGGCAGGAAACUCCGACUCGGAUGCCUGCUACAACUCACCUGCCCGCGUUCCCGACGCACUCACCGUAGCAGCUUCAGACAAUCAGGACCAAAUUGCUUAUUUCUCAUGCUGGGGCAGCUGUGUUGAUAUCUUCGCACCCGGUGUAAACAUUGAAAGUGCCAGUCAUAAUUGGGACACUGGCUCUGCUACCAUGUCAGGCACAUCAAUGGCUUGCCCACACGUUUCAGGUGUUGCUACACUGUACUUUGUCAAAAAUGGAGGUGCAACCGGUGUAGUAUCGCAACUGCUUGGAGAUGCGAGCAACGGGAAAAUAUACUACACCAAGGGAUCGCCCAACAAGCUCCUUUACACUGGAAAUUUGUAAACGACAGCAAUGGUAUGGACAUGAAUGAUGUUUCAGGCACAGUCACGGACGAGAAACUUGAAGCUGUUAAUAGCAGCAGAUCACAUGGUCCCCUCUUCAAAGAAAUAAUAACUUUAGAUUCCAGUUUCGCACUGGUCUUAUAACUCCAUCCCUUACUGAAACAAACUAUCAUAACUACAAUAUCACAAUUGUUUCGUUUCCGUUUUGUCUGAUGCCUCCUCUUGUUUAAGUUAAUUGUAGUGAUGUCAAAAUUAAUUUGUGAUCAGGCGGCCAUCUUGUGGAGAACAAAUACACGAACACUUUGUCAAUCACAAGGGCCUCCCGAUUUUUUCUUUAUUUAUAUCUGGCCUGUAAGUUUAAGUAUUAUAGUAUAUAAUACAAUAUUUCGAAUAAAAAUAGCGGAUUGGUGCCGACAAUCUCUUUCUUGUUGAUGUGUCAACAGUCCAGAUGUGUCUUCUAUCGAAGCCAGGCUCGCCGGCACUAUUUCCAGUAAUACUGUUAAUACUAUUCUUGACAGAAGACUAUGUCCUAAAGGUCUGAUAUUAAUAAAGAGUAAUCAAAAUACGCAGAAGAA